UUUGCAUUUUUCCCUUCAGAAAAGCCUAUAAAGCUGGCUACCAUCCUGUACGGACCGACGGCCUCUCUCUCUCUCUCUCUCACGCUUCGCCUUUCCCUCGGGCUGGGCUCAGGCGAUCGGAUUUCGAGCGCCAUUUAAAGAAAUUUCUCUCGCAUCAAAGUUUUUCGAAUUGCGCAGCCUAUGAAUUAUUCGUGUGAUUAAUGUUGCUAUCUUCGAAAAAUUUCGGUAUUGGGAAUUGAUAGUUUUGAUCUCCUGGUGUGGAAUGAGCUGUCUGCUCCUAUUUGGGCUGUAAUAUUAAAAAGAUUGAUCUUUGAACUGGAUGAUUGAUAUCGCGUCGGCCAUGGUACUUGCAGUCAUCGAGGGUUCAAAAUAUCAAAUUUUUAUGAUGUUUGUGCUCUUCAGAAAGGUAUAGGCUGUUCAUUAAAUGAUAUAUAUCCUUAGGAAGAGGCGGCUUUGGUUCUGCUACCGAAGCCCCUUGCUGCUUCUUGUUUUCUGUUGGUGUUAUCUGUUACUGGAGAAGAAAGAAGGGGCUUCUUUGGAUAGAUUGAAGGCUGAAAGGUAUCUGGAGCUACUGAGAGAAUAGUUGUUUCAGUGGGUAGUUAAAGAGAAGUAUGAGGAAAAAUGGGAGCCUUCACUCGGGGAGGGCAUUCACUGACAGAAGGUGGCUUCUUCCCUUUUUGGCAAGUGUGCUUGUCUCAAUUACUCUUUUCUUGGCAACGGCUUUUGGGCUCCUUUCCCCUCAAUACAAUGGGGAUUCAUUGUCAUUAGACAUUGUCUCUAUCACUAGUUUGGAUGAUUCCAAUGGGUACUUUAUAGAGCCAGGUUCCCAGAAGCGCUUCGAACAGCCUUUAGUUCCAGAAUCUGAACCACCACGUAUAGCUUAUCUUAUCACUGGUACAAAGGGUGACAGCCUAAGAAUGAGAAGAACUUUGCGGGCUAUAUAUCAUCCUAGAAAUCAGUACAUUUUGCAUUUGGAUAUGGAGGCUCCUCCUCGCGAAAGGAUAGAGUUGGCCAUGUAUGUUAAAGGUGAUCCUAUGUUCAGUGAGCUUGAGAAUGUACGUGUGAUUGCAAAGGGCAACUUGGUGACUUACAAGGGGCCUACGAUGAUUGCUUGCACACUUCAUGCCAUUGCGAUUUUACUUAAGGAGAGUUUGAAGUGGGACUGGUUUAUAAACCUCAGUGCCUCAGAUUAUCCUCUUAUGACACAAGAUGAUAUACUUCAUGUUUUCUCUACCUUACCAAGAAAUCUUAAUUUUAUUGAGCACACACAAAUUGCUGGGUGGAAAGUGAACCAACGGGCAAGACCAAUCAUUAUUGAUCCAGGUCUUUAUUUGUCAAAGAAAUUUGAUAUUGUUGUGACCAAUGAACGCAGGGAACUGCCAACAGCUUUUAAAUUAUACACUGGUUCCGCAUGGGUGAUGCUGGCUAGGCCCUUCCUUGAGUAUUGCAUAUGGGGAUGGGAAAACCUCCCACGAACGAUCUUGAUGUACUAUGUAAACUUCAUCUCCUCACCGGAAGGCUACUUCCACACUGUCAUCUGCAACUCCGAUGAUUAUCGAAACACAACGAUAAGCCAUGACCUGCACUACAUUGCUUGGGACAACCCUCCGAAGCAGCAUCCCCGCUCCCUCUCCAGUAAAGACUAUGGCAAGAUGGUUAAGAGUGGUGCACCGUUUGCUCGGAAAUUUGCAAAGAAUGACCCUGUCUUAAACAAGAUUGAUCAGGAGCUUCUUGGCCGGUCUGAUGGCCGGUUCACUCCAGGUGCAUGGUGCGUUGGGAGAUCAGACAAUGGGGUAGAUCCAUGCUCCUCAAGGGGAAAUGAUUCUGUUUUGCUGCCUGGUCCGGGUGCUGAAAGGCUGCAAGAGUUAAUGAAGAAGCUGCUGGCUGAAGAUUUCCGCAAUGGUAGUUGUUCAUCACUGCGUUAUGAUCAGACUAAGAGAAUGUGGGAAGCUCCUUGAUGUAUAUGGCUAUUGAUUAUAUAUAUUUUUUCAAACCGCAGGAGUAGGCAUACGUUCUUAUCAUCCGCAGCCCCUUUGUAUUAUAGUUCAUGAUAACGAUAAAUGCCACACGUUUGAGUGCUAUGUGAAUGCAUUCAUUUUCAAGUUGAUAUUGAAGAAGAUGAGUACCAAACCUAGUAAGGUUGAAACAGUGGAACAUAGCUUUUCUUCGUCACCAGUGGCUACUGUAAAAUUUGAACUUUGAAUGAGUUGGUCCUUGGUACAAC